AUGAAUCGCUACGGCCCUACAGAGUCGUCGGCCGUCAAGUUUGCGCGAGCAGCGCCUCUGCUCGUUGCGAGCUUCCUCUAUAUCAUUUAUCAUUUAUGGACGAGGCAGUCGACGCUGUUGGCUGACCCGCUCGACUUCGCAUCUCAUCAUGCAAGUUUGAAUCGCACAUUAGGCUUCGGCGGAAUACUCGUAGCUGUAGUACCUUCGACUACUGCAGAGCACUUCCAUCAUCAACUUCAUACAUUGUCUCUGACUUCUCACCGGACAAACAUUGAUCUCAAGACUUUCGAAGGCGGUGGUGAUAAAAAAUUCACCAAGGUGUGGCGAGGCCAUAUGAAUAUGCUGCGCUACAUGCUAGAUCAGAAGCUCGAAACAGCAUUAAUCCUCGAGGGCACCGUCGACUGGGAUCUUCGCGUGAAGGACCAAUUGCAACGCUUAUCCGAGGCGUUGCCUGAUGCGACACACGAUCGACCUUAUGGAACGGGUUGGAUGGCUCUCUGGCUGAGCCGAUGCGGGCCUGAAUCUAGCGGCCUCGGGCAGCCACUCAGUACGUUCGCUGACGCCAGCGUCCUGAGCACGAACAGCGAAGAUGCAAGUCAUGACCGAAGUGUGUUCCGUAGCGGAAAGUCCGGCUGCACGGUCGCAUAUGCCGUCACAGCCGCGGGUGCACAAAAAAUCCUCGACGAGAUUGGUUUCGAACACGUCAAUCUGGCACUUGAAAAGGCGGAGGGUAAGACAUACAAUCUGCCCGGGCUCGUUGUCCAGCCUCCAUUGUUUGAGGAAUGGGCUGAAGAGGACAGUGUCCAUGCCAAAAGUUCUCCACAAGCUCUGUUGGGCCAAAGCGUGCGCAAGGCGCUCUACAGCCAUGGCUGA